AUGUUUUCUACCAAAUUUUCAGUCUUCGCUGUUCUCUCCCUCGCUUCUAUGGUCUUAGCUGCUCCUAUUGCUUCCCCCGACGGUGGUUCUGCUUAUACCGGUGUAGGAGGUCAAGCUAAUGGCGGAAGUGUUUCAAGAGUGGACUCGGCCGGUUUACUUAACCUUGAUAUCCUCAAUAUCGGCUCGAAUAACGCCGGGAAUGGAGGUUCUGCUAAUUCUGGCUCAGCUCUAGGUGGCGCAGGCGGUGCUGGAUGUACCUUAGGUGAUAUUAUAGGUGGUGGCAAUGGUGGUUCAGCCUAUACUGGUGCCGGUGGUCAAGCCAACGCUGGAAACGUCGUUGAACAAUCGUAUGGAGGAUUACUCAACAUACACGCACUCAACAUCGGGUCUGGCAACGCGGGUAAUGGCGGAUCAGCCAACUCCGGCUCUGCAGCUGGCGGCAAUUCCGGCUGUCUUUUCUAA